CCACGCUCAGUAGGUGGUCACGGCCGCCGCCGCUGCGCCUGGGCGUGAGGAGUGUGUGGCGUGAGCGCGAUUGCUGCCGCCUCUCCCCGCGGGGACCCGUCGCUGUUCCGAGGCACGCUUUCCACUCGCAUUGCGCGUCGUGCCCGCCAUGAGGCGCCUGGGCUCCGUGCAGCGGAAAAUGCCGUGCGUGUUUGUGACGGAGGUGAAAGAGGAGCCCUCCACCAAAAGGGAGCAUCAGACAUUUAAAGUUUUGGCAACUGAAACUGUAAGUCACAAGGCAUUAGAUGCAGAUAUAUACAGUGCAAUUCCAACAGAAAAAGUGGAUGGAACAUGUUGUUAUGUUACUACUUACAAAGGUCAGCCAUAUCUGUGGGCUCGAUUAGAUAGAAAACCUAACAAACUAGCUGAAAAAAGGUUUAAAAAUUUUCUACAUUCAAAACAGAACUCAAAAGAAUUUUUUUGGAAUGUCGAGGAGGACUUCAAACCUGUUCCAGAGUGCUGGAUACCAGCGAAGGAAAUUGAACAAUUAAAUGGAAAUCCGAUGCCUGAUGAAAAUGGACACAUUCCUGGGUGGGUACCAGUGGAGAAAAACAACAAGCAGUAUUGCUGGCAUUCCUCUGUAGUUAAUUAUGAAUUUGAAAUAGCCCUGGUACUGAAGCAUCACCCUGAUGAUUUUGGUCUUUUGGAAAUAACUGCGGUGCCACUAUCAGACCUCUUAGAACAGACGCUGGAGCUCAUAGGAACGAAUAUUAAUGGAAACCCAUAUGGGUUAGGAAGCAAGAAGCAUCCAUUACAUCUUCUUAUACCACAUGGAGCAUUUCAAAUAAGAAAUCUACCUACCUUGAAGCACAGUGAUCUGUUGUCCUGGUUUGAAGGUUGCAGAGAGGGUAAAAUUGAAGGAAUAGUAUGGCAUUGCAAUGAUGGCUGUUUAAUCAAGGUCCAUCGCCAUCAUCUUGGUUUAUGCUGGCCAAUUCCAGAUACUUAUAUGAAUUCAAAACCUGUUAUUAUUAACAUGAACUUGAACAAACGUGACUAUGCUUUUGAUACUAAGUGUCUAUUUAAUCAUUUUUCAAAAAUAGAUCAUCAGAAAUUUCGUAGGCUCAAAGAUAUAAUACUUGAUGAGUAGACUGGAAAUGUAAUUAAAAACUAGCUUUAUUGUGUUAUCUUGAAUCUUGAAUAUUCUGCCAUGUGUAAAAGGUGAAAAUAUCUCAAGGUUCCUAUUUAUUGUUCAGUGACUAAUGGAGAAAUAAGUCUUCUAGCAUUUGAAGAAAUGAAUUUUCCAGUUGGAAAUAUCUAGUCAAAGUCUUAUUUAGAAUCAGCAAAUGAAUUUUAACCUCUGGAUUUAAAAAUGUAAGUAAUAGUAAGCUCCCCAGCUUGUACAAAGGGUUGGAUUCUGUCCACUGUAACUGAGUAGUAAUUUAAAGACAACAUGGAAACCAACAAUUUUGGAUCAUUUACUUUCAAAAUGAAAUACUUUAAGCUGAGUUUAAUUUAACCUUGCUUGACAUUUAACAAGACAUAUGGCUCAGACCUACUAUAUAUAUAUAUAUACAAGUUAUAAAUACAUAUAAAAUUUAAGAACCAUGACACAUAUAUAAAUAGGUAAGAAUAUAAAACCCCAAUUUUAAAAGUUAAAAUUGUUACUCUCAUAUUUAAAAACUUAAAACAUUAUGAAUGUACAGAAGUUCACUAUAGCUCAUUGCCUACUUGAUAGUCAUAACUUUAAAAAAUCUUCAAAUAUAUACUUUUCUAAUGUGUUAAAAAUUUCAUACAACUUUAUUUACUAAAAUUUCAAAUUCAGGUAAAGGUACAGGGUAUUGGAAAGGAUAUCAUGUAGUACAGAGACUUGUAAAUAGUUAAAUAAAAACUGUAAUUAUAGCUGGCCCUUAAUAAGUAGGGAAAUUGACAGGACUUCCCUCUUCGUCUUCAAACUGUUCAGAAGCAGCAACAGGACUAGUUAAUUCAACUCCAAAUUGUUCAGAAAGUUUUUUUAACUUCUCUUCUAAAAGAAUAUUUUUUUUCACUUCUUCUUUGUAGUUAUACUUCAGAUCUUCGAUUUCUUCAAAAAACGACGGAUCAACAUUUUCCAGUUCUUUCUUCAGCUUUUUUAUUUCCUCCUAAUAGAAAUAUAUUGUCUUUAAAAGACAUCAAUAAGUAUAUAAUAUACUUAAAGAGAUUUAAUUAUAAACAUGAGCACCAAAGUAACCUGAAUAGCAAAUAUAAAGACUGAAGUAUUAAGAUUUUGUUAAUAAGAUUUUAUUGUGCAGUAUAAGUAACUAACUUGUUAAAUGCCAAAUCAAAUGGCCUGUUAUGUAAGUUAUGUCCUGGUCUUUGUCUAAAAUUUAUUAGCUCUUAAAUUAGAGGGGGAUUUCAUCUUUCUCCAAAAGCAUACUCUCAGAUACGCAGUGAGGCAAGCAAAAAGACAUGGCUAUUCACAGCAUUAAGGUUGUUUUGGUUAAUAUUCUUUAGCUUAGGCUUCAUUUAUAUUUUCUUUACAAAUAUGUAAUUUGUAAUGAAUAAUGGUCAAUUUCUUAUAAAUAUAUUUAUGAUCAGGGAAAUUCUAGGGCUUCUUGCCUGGCUAAGAGCUAUGCAUCUGGUGAAGAGGCAAUUUGAGCUUUAGAAUAGCCAAUAAUCACUAGUGAACUUUCAUAUCAUGUUCUUUUUAUUCUAGUUACAGAUUCUUGAAAGACAUAAAGCAUAGCAAAUAUCUUUUUUAAGGGAGGGGAACUAUUCCUGAAAAGAUUUUCAAAAGGAAAUAAAAGACACUGUUCGCAAUGUGACCGAAAAUAUUAAAAUGAGCUCUAUAUUUGUGACAAUUAAAAAAUAAAUUUAUUCUUUAAUCCUA